AUGUCUCUGACCUGGAAAGAAAGUGAUCGUAUCCAGAUUGAGGAGAGUUCCGCUCCCAAUGGUGUAAAAUCAUUAAUCUCCUCAAUAUCCCUCUCAUUCGAUGCUCAUUACUUAGCUAUUGCCCUCGGAAUACAAAUCCAAAUCUGGGACCUGCUUGACUUUGGGAUGCAAGUUCCUAAGGCCAACAUCGAAGUCAAUACUACUACCAAUUUUAUGACUUGGUUUCCGAAAUCGUCAAGAUUGGUCACCGCCCACGAUAAAGGCCCUGUCUAUGUAUUUACAAUUGAAGAGCAUGGGGUUGAUGUCGACUGUCAUCGAAAUGUCGGCGUUGAAAGCGCAGCCACAUCUAUCGCUAUCCUGGAUGAGAGAACAAUGGCCGUCGCACUCACACUGUUUGUUCAACUCCAACGACUGACUGUCGCACCAGGAGAUAGCGUUGAAAGUAGAUGGUGUACAAUAGGGCAGCUCCCUCCUCCUGCUCGUAAAUCCACUGUGGUUCAGUCGGUUCACACACUCACUGAGAAUAAGAUUCUGGUUGUAUACCAGAAUGAUUACGCUGUUGUUUGGAAAAUUAGCUCUGACGUUGUUGACUCCAUGAUCUUAAAUGCAUUCACAUUGCCCGGUCUAGUUAACGACGUCUGCUCCAACGGAGAUCGUAUUCUUUGUACAGAUCAUGCAUCUCGCACAUAUCGAAUCUUCAAAAUACGUGCACAAGUAGCUGAUCUCCAAGCUAUACUUCCUCCGCGGACUCGAGAUGCUUCCAAAGCCUCACAAUUGACAUCCACUGCAAUAUUUCUCCCUCCUCAUGGCACUGCCGUCGUUGGCGGAGGAGUAGGCCAGAUGGUAUUGUUUGAUGAUCAGGGAAAUCGACUGCAAAACCUCUCCUUUGAGGACGAGAACCAUAGACAGCUCACCGCUGAACAGGUUGACCUAGCUUACGCUGUUCCUCAAUCUAUCUCAUGUAUCUAUCUAACUGACACUGAUACUGGAGUACUUGCUGCAGCUGCUAAUCAUGAUAAGCAAGGGGAAGUUAUCAUCUGGCGAACAGUUCAAAGUCCCAAGCCAGAACCCAAGCUUCGUCCUCUGCUUGAACGCAUUCUGACAACAAAGGUGGCAAUUGGAAUAGGGAUAUUGAUGGCAAUACUAGCUUAUGUUAUUACAUUUCGAUGGACCAGAUAA